AUGUCAUUGUUACCCAAUUAUAUAUUUAAAGAAAUCCUAGAACCAAUAAUUAAAUAUCUAUAUAAUGACACAAAAUUUAAAAAAAAUAAAGAAAUAAAAUUAACUAAUGAAAAUAACAAUGAAAUAAUAACAUAUAGUUUAGUGUCCAAACAUUGGUUUAAUACUAUAUCAAAUUUAUUUCCUAUUCAUUUAAAAUACCACAAUAUUAAAAUACUGAAACCAUUGAUCGAAAUCCCCGAUAGUAAAUACAAACUAAUUAAAAACAAUGAUAUUAUAAAGGUGUCUUCAUUAACCAAAUUUUACCAAUCAAACCAUGACAAUGACGUUAUUAAUAAGAAAGCAAUAAUUAGAAUCAAAGAUCAUAACCAUGUAAACAUCAACGAGUUAAAAGAACUAUUCAAACAACCCAAUGAAAAUAUAGAAUUUUUAGUAAACAUUCAACUUGUAUACAGAGAGGAUUUUAACGAAAAUAACAUCAUUAAAAUCAAUACUCUAAUUGACAAUUUUAAUUUUUACGGUAAAAUCAAAUCUUUCAACAUCUUUUAUAAAGCCAUAAAUAUUGAGCAAUGUAAAAUAGUAACGGAACUGUACAAGAAGGUUUUAGAAUUUAAAAAAACAAAGUCAUUCGCUUUACAUGGGCUAGCCAACGGUGUUGCUGACUCAUAUUUGUUUGGGGGAUACCUGUGUAAAACAUAUCGAAAUGGGUCCGUUGUUAUCUCCAAAGAACAUUUCAAAAAUAGAUAA